AAUACGACUCUUGGAAGCGGGAAGCGGGAACCUUGGUUUCCCUGCCCUCAAAUCCCAUUUCUCCGAUACUAAAGUAACCUCAAAGUCCAUAAGCCUCCCCUCGAAAGUUGGAAACAAACAACUAACAACUGCCUGAGCUGGAAAACAGAAAUAAAGAGCAAAACGCUGAUGUCGGUGGAAGCAAAGGUUGAGACUGCGGCGGAGUUGGCUCUUGCUGAUACUGAUGUGAACUGGGACAGGUUGGACAAGGCGAGGUUCCAUAUAAUUGGGGCCAUUCUCUUCACCGCACAAUCAGCCUUACUACACCCAACAUUAGUUGUGAAAACCAGAAUGCAAGUAGACACUAGACUCUCUCACAUGAGUGCAACAUCGGUAUUUAAACAGAUAUUAAAGAUGGAUGGAAUACCUGGAGUCUACAGGGGUUUUGGCACUUCUGCAAUUGGAUCAUUGCCAGGUAGGGUCUUGGCUUUGACAUCACUUGAAGUUUCAAAGGAUAUGAUGUUCAAGUACACUGAAGGUUCAAAGAUGCCUGACGCUACACGUAUUGGUAUUGCAAAUGGAGUGGCGGGCAUGUUCUCAAAUCUCAUUUCUUGUGCAUACUAUGUACCCUUGGAUGUGACUUGCCAGAGACUAAUGGUUCAAGGACUUUCUGGGACUACAUCCUGCAACCGACCAUUUGAGGUCAUACGUAAAGUUAUACAGGCUGAAGGUUUUCGUGGUCUGUACAGGGGCUUCGGGCUGACAGCACUGAGCCAGUCGCCAGCAUCUGCGCUUUGGUGGGGAGCCUAUGGUUCUGUCCAACACAUGAUCUGGAGGAGUUUGGGCUAUAGCGAUAAAGACCAACAAAAGCCAUCUCAUACGGAGAUGGCGACAGUUCAGGCAACGGCGGGUAUGAUGGCUGGUGCUUUGUCCUCUGUCAUCACUACUCCUAUUGACACAAUCAAGACACGACUUCAGGUCAUGGAUAACUAUGGUGCUGGAAGACCAACGGUAUUGAAGACAGCAAAGACACUAUUUGAAGAAGAUGGAUGGUGGGGCUUUUACAGAGGAUUUGGUCCGCGGUUCUUAAACAUGUCACUCUACGGAACUACAAUGAUAGUCACUUAUGAACUAAUAAAAAGAUUAUCUAUAAGACAAGAAUGACUUCUCGAGCUGGAAGAGGUUCAAGUUUUCUGUACUACCUGUUGAUUCAUGAACUAAACUGAGGGGAAGUUGAUUCCAAGUCGUCUUCCAGUUUUGCUAAG